AAAACAGCCACAGUGAGACUGAAACAAACAGAACUUACUGUGUUGUCGUGGGAAAUAGAGAAAUUGGACGAAGAAGAAAUGACCUGCCUUUGAUCAAAUCAGAUGAAAGUCUGUCAUGGACACAGUACCAAGAAUCUGGGAGAAUAUCUGCAAGGAGAAGCCAAGGAAAAUAAAGAAGGACGAGGUGGCACUGGUUCAACACCAUAACAUUAAGGAACAUUUGAACUAAGGCACCAGUUGUUGUGGAAGUUCUGUGCAGUUAUGGCAGGAGAGGAAGUCACCUUUGAGAAAACAUUCUCCUUCAGAUCUCUGCCUUCCAAGAAGUUCUCGUUUUUGGAAGACAAAGACACUCUGGAACUGUUUAUGAAAUGGUCCAUGCUGGGAAGGAUUUCAGCUCAGUCUUACAGCUUUGACCAGAGCUUCUACCCUUACAACAUUGAAAAGUUUGCCAUGUGUUUCUUCACAGACCCUGGCGUUUUUUCCAGUCUGAAAAGGCUGGAGGCCGGGGCCUGGGUGCCUCUUGACGAGACGGUUGUGUGUGUCAGUGUGGAGGAGGUGCCGUGCACCAAGGUCUCCAUGGAGCUCUUUGACCCCAUCUACUCUUGUGGCAUCGUGAGGCCCACUGGUCAUGUGGUCAAAUGCUUUCACGAUGUCCAUCCUGAUUAUGACGAACUCAAACAGAUGCUGCAGGAGGAGGACACGGAGCACUACUACGUGGUGGGGAGACAGGAGCGACAGGAGUUUCUGUUUUGCCUCUUCAAACACCUGUGUCUGGGAGGAGAACUCUGUCAGUAUGAAGACACCAUCGAUCCUUACAUCAAGACCACCAAGCAGGUCUACAAAGACCUGAUUAGCGUUCAGAAAGAUCCAGAGACGGAGCAGAUCAGCGUCGUCUCCACAGUUCUCAAAGUCAGGGCCAACGGUGAAUUUGGACAAUGUUUUCCAGGAGACGAGGACGAGGAGCAGACUUUUGCCUACUUGAUCAUCGACCCCUUCAAACGCCACGUGACUUUGUUCUGUCAUGUCUACAGUGUAGGAGAUGUUCCACUGUGACUGUAAAAAACAAACCAACCAAGCUGGUUUCAAGUCACAUUAAAGGAAAGAGGAAAGAGGUCAACGUACAGUCAAAGAGCUUUAUUGAAACAAAUAAAUUAAUAAGUUAGUCAUGUGAGCUACUUUAAUCCGCAGCAGAUACACACUGUUGUAUCUCUUUAAAAGAUCAAAUAGAGGAGUGAAUUUAAUGAGAAAA